AUGGUCGUUGUGAAAAGCCCAGCAGACCUGGAGUUGAAAAUUCAGGGACUAGCACCACGGUAUAACUUCUGCCUCUUUGUCGAUGAGAUCUGUCUUGAGUCGCUGGAUUACAUGAGUAUGCCUGUUGUCAAGGUGCUGUGUCGGAUCUCGGGGUUUCGGGGGGAGUAUGAACGGGAGUAUACAGUUUAUCCUGGGUAUGAAGAUAGGGAGACUGAGGAGGAGGAGGAUGUGGGAUGGAUGUAUCGGGAGGUGGUUGAUUAUUGUGGGAUUUAUGUUCGUCUGGCGGAGGCGACGGAUUGGUAUGAAGAGUAUGUCCGUCCGCCUGGGUUGAUGUUUUGUGAUGAGGAUGGGUUUCCGGGGUUUUGGAGGAAGAAGGGAAUUAAGUGA